CGGAAGUCAGUACGCCGCAGUAACGUUCCCGCAGGAACAAGGAAAUUGAAAACGUUCAACAGCGGCUUCAGCGAUAAAGCUGCAGCCCUGAAGGUGGAUGUGACCACUGGAUACAGGGUCAGCUGGUGAAUCCAGGCGUUGGAGUAACGUUACAGCUGACAGCAUGGGGCUGCUGUCUGACCCAAACAGAAGACGGGCUUUGAUCAGCAUGCUGACUCGCCUCAACGCCCCAAUCUGUGUGGUCUGCUACUUGGCGGGUGUGGCUUGGUUCAUGGGCUUGGCCUUUGAGCCGUUCACUCUGCGGACUUACAUGUCAGAGAAUGCCAUGGGCUCCACCAUGGUGGAGGAGCGUUUUCCAGCUGGGGAGAGAGCGCUGGCCACGGGGAGGGAGUUUGCAGCCCAUAAGAACAAAGUUGGUGGGAUGCCAGUGGAUUGGCUCGUGAAGACUAUGCAGGAUCGAGGACUGGAAGUGUUUACUCAGAGCUUUUCUCGCACACUACCCUUCCCUGAUGAAAACAAAGAGAGAUACAUUGUAAAAGGCACAAAUGUAUACGGCAUCCUCCGGGCUCCUAGAGCUCCAAGGACUGAAGCCUUGGUACUGAGUGCUCCUUGCAGCCCAGGUGACAACAACCAGGCUGUGGGACUGCUACUCGGCUUGGCUCAGUACUUCCGGAAUCAGAUUUACUGGGCCAAGGACAUCAUUUUCCUUGUCAAUGAGCAUGAUUUGAUUGGUAUGCAGGCCUGGUUGGAGGGCUACCACCACACCAACACAACAGGUAUGUCAUGGUCUCCAUUACAAGGCCGUGGUGGUUCAAUCCAGGCAGCACUGACCCUGGAGCUUAGCAGUGAUGUCAUCACCAGCUUGGACCUGGUACUGGAAGGCCUCAAUGGCCAAUUACCCAACCUGGAUUUAGCAAACCUCUUCUAUGCGUUCUGUCAGAAGAUAGGGGUUCUCUGCACAAUCCAGGGCAAGCUGCAGAGGAACGACUGGGACAGCGUGUCAGGGUACAGCCACGCAGUCCAGACCAUGAUGCUGAUGGUGAUGAAGCAGGCCAGUGGGCGGCCUUGGGGGGACCACGGGCUGUUCCUGCGCUACCACAUUGAAGCUGCCACCGUCAAGGGUAUCAACAGCUUCCGGCAGUACAAGACUGAUGUCACCACCAUCGGCAGGCUGCUGGAAGGAAUGUAUCGUAAGCUGAAUAACCUCCUGGAGCGCCUACACCAGUCCUACUUCUUCUACCUCAUGCCAUCACUCUCUCACUUUGUCUCUAUUGGAUACUACAUGCCAGCGUUUGGACUGCUCGCUGUUAUUCUACUGCUUCGUGCCUUAGACUUGUGGGUUCAACUUGCAACUCCACCAUCAAGAACAGAGGAUGGAAUUGCUGACAUUGAUCAGCAGUCCAGUCCAGGAGUUCUGUCAGUGUUGACUCCUCUGGUGAUCAGCCACCUGACGGGAGUCGCUCUGUAUACGCUGCCGAUCCAUUUUCAGGAGACAGCUGUCGAACACUUUCCUGUAUCUGAGACGGAGGCUGUGGUCCUGACAGCUAUUGCUAUUUACACAGCAGGCCUGGCUUUGCCUCAUAAUACGCACAGACUGCUUUCGGGGGAGGGCACAGAGCAGGGCUGGAGAGUGCUGAAGCUCGUCGCGGUGCUGUACCUGGCUGUGCUGCUGGGCUGCACUGCCCUUAUCAACUUCUCCUUAGGCUUCAUUCUGGCUCUCACCAUGGUGCCCUUGGCUGCCUUUGUCACACCCCAUGUUCCCAAGGUUUUGUCAGCUUUUAUCUUGGUCAUCCUCAGCCCAGCUUGCACGCUCUUGUUUUCAGUCUUUUUUUUUCAAGAACUGCAGGAAAUGCCUGUCAGCUUCCAGGAUGGUUGGUUGCUGUACCUAUCAGUCAUUUCACAGGGGAUCCUGGACCACUCCCUGUAUGGCUCUCUAGUCUACCCACUCAUAGCCUUGCUGGUUUAUCCAUGCUGGCUGCUUUUCUGGAACAUCCUCUUCUGGAAGUAGCCUACAGGUCCACUGAAGUGUCUUGUGAGUGCGAACACCCUCUGAAAUGUUCUCAGGUUUGCCAUUACUGGGUGAAUGUGUAGAAUUAACUGUUGAAACCACUGGAGAAGAAAGACCAAUGUGCUGUAGUUGCCUUGGGAAGGAUGCAGUGACUCUGUGUUUGGACAUUUGGUUAUUACGAUUUACUCAAAAGUAUUUCACUCUUUAAACAUCAGAGGCAUUUCUGAAUCAACAAAACUAUUUUGAACUACACAGAAUGAACUGAUUUCUAAAUAAGAUCAGUCUCAGAAUUAUACAGUGUAAGUGCAUGUAGGGGAAGGGAUGAGUUUUUUUCUAAGUAACUGUGAAUGUUGUGGUUGGGUUGCUUUGUGUAAAAAGAUUUUGGUUAAAGACUUUUUUUUUGGGAUACAUAACGAACAAUACUGUGCUGUUUUCUCUCGCUUUUGUUUUUUUGUUUUUUUUUAUAAAUCAUAAAGGAUGAUAAUUAAAAACAUUGACUCAGUACCAUCAUAUAAACAGUAGUAUAAUGGUAGAAAUCAUUUUGGCUGUCUGUCCCCUUUUUAAAAUGUUUAUCUGCAUUGGAACAAGCCAUCAUUACAUCUAAUAUUUUUAUACUUGUUUUGAUAACUUUUUUGUUUGCUUCAUAUUUAUGGUUGCCAAAAAUAAAAGACAGAAAAUUUUAA